AUGCUCCCUGUCCUCCUGCUUGCUGGAUGGAUUCUGGCGCUGUCCGUCCCUGGCACAUCGUCUGAGUCAGCUACGCUGCGGUUUCUGGGGCAGACUGACUUUGUUGUCAACGAGAGCGAGGAAGCUGUGGUCCGGCUGGUCGUGGAGAGAGUGGGAGACCCGGUCAAUGUGACUGCUUUGGUUCUGCUGGAGGGAGUUGACACGGGAGACUUUGAGUCCAUUAACGCUGCAGCGUUCCUGCUGUCCACUGAGUCCAGUAAGACCAUCUUUAUUGCUGUGAAAGAUGACAACUUGCCAGAAGCCGAUGAGACUUUUACCUUUAACCUUAGACUGCAGAGCUCCUCUAAUGGUGUGACAGUGGGAACACCAAACAAGGCAACCAUUACCAUCCUGUCCAACGACAACGCCUUUGGAAUAAUUGCCUUCAACUCAACUGAGGAGAUUGUAGUCGAUGAACCAAGAGGAAGGAGCCAUUAUGUGCCUUUCACCCUCAUUAGAGAAAAGGGAACAUUUGGGACUGUGACUGUCAACUAUGAGAUCUCUGAAGGUCCAAACCCCGCCAUUGAGGACCUCAGUCCAGACAGAGGGAACAUCACCAUUCCUGUGGGACACGCUGUGGUGCACUUCAGUAUCCUCAUUAAGGAUGACCAGAUUCCAGAGGACGAUGAGGUGUUUUCAGUCAGGCUAACGGGCGUGGCAGGUGGAGCUCUCCUCAGGCCCAACGCCAGCAGUGUCCAGCUGAGGAUCCGGCGUAACGACAGCCCGCUGCGAUUCUCCCACUCUGUCAUGGCAGUACAGGAGUCCGCUGGAGUCAUUUUCCUCAACGUGACCCGCGGUCGGUUGACUGAGGACGGACCGUUCAUUGGCUCCGAUGAUACCGAGGUUUCUGUGGAUUACAUGGUGGUGAGCGGUGGAGGACAGGGCAGCGCUACGCCAGAUGUGGAUUUCCUGGACCUGCAGCCCGUCAGAACGGUGAAAUUCCCGCCGUUUGCCUACACGACCAGCCUGCUGUUCAAAAUCACCGAUGACGCCGUGCCAGAAAUCGCAGAGUCCUUCCAUCUGGUGUUGCUGGAGGAGACCGUCAGAGGAGACGCUGUGCUGGUGUCACCCAAUGCUGUGCUGGUGACCAUCGAGCCCAAUGACAAGCCUAACGGUGUCCUGUCGAUCAGCAGCAGCGCAGUCAUUCAGCCAAUCACCAUCAAUGAAGACCUGACUCAGAGAUUUGAAGGGAUCAUUAUUGUCAGAAAUGGAGGCAGCUAUGGGGCCGUGUCUGCAAACUGGUCCAUCUCCAGAAACUCCAGUGACCCCUCCCCAGUUUCGGAUGAUUUGACGCCUGCAGCGGGGACGGUGAGAUUCGCUGCCGGCCAGGUGACAGCUGUGGUUCCACUGAACAUCGUCGCCGAUGAUCUGCCUGAAGAAGCAGAAGCUUUCCUCCUCAAGCUGCUGCCCAAUACUACAACUGGAAAUGUGGAAGUUGACGAACCAAUGGAGAUGGUGUUCUACAUGCAAGACAGUGACGAUGUCUACGGGCUCUUUCGGUUCGACCUGGCCAAAGAGCAAAGCAUCCAGAGCCAACCUGAGGGCCGCUUCCUGUCUCUUUAUUUGCUGCGAGACGGUGGUACACUGGGUAACGUGUCGAUGACCCUCACCGCCCUCUACAUUCCUGCAGGCCCGUUAGACCCAGCAUUGGCCCGGGACCAGGUUCUGAAUGUUAGCAAAACCGUUAACGUCCUGUUUUCCCUCGAACGGAUGGUGUACGUCAUACUGCCGAUCAGGAACGAUGCCUUCCUGCAGAAUGGAGCUCAUUUCCUCAUACAGUUGAAUGCUCUGGAGCUGGUUGAUAUCAAACCUACGGUUCACUCAAACAGCCCGAGGUUUGGGGGACCUCUAAACCUGACGCUGACGGUCACCCCUGACAUCGCUAACGGGGAAAUCGGCUUUACAAGUAACACCACGGUGGUGGUCUACGAACCAGAGGACAGCAAUACCAGCACAGUCAGCCUCCCCCUGCGGCGUGACGGGACGGACGGUCAGGCUGAAGUCUUCUGGAGUCUUCAGCCGAUCGGUGACAAUCGUGCGGAUAUCACUGUGAAAGACUUGGAGCCUCUGAGCGGCUCUGUGGUCUUCCUCUCCGGGCAGAGUGAUGCCUCCAUCAACUUCACCAUCAUGGCCGACAACAUCCCAGAAGUCAACGAGACCUUACUGCUCUCUCUGGACAGGACUAAUGUUGAGAAUCAGAUCCUGAAGGCUGGCUUCACAAGCAGAGAGAUUGUCAUCAUGGAGAACGACGACCCUGGGGGGGUCUUUGAGUUCUCCUCACUGUCAAGAGGCCCAUGGUUUAUUAAUGAGGGUGAAGCGGUGGAGCUGCACGUGGUCAGAGCCCAGGGUCAGCUGCUGAAACAGCUGGUGCGAUACGCCGUCAUGCCUUCAGACAACACUGAGUUUUACGGCGCCACGGGCAUCCUGGAGUUUAAACCCGGGGAGAGAGAGGUGGUGGUGGCUCUGGUGGCGAGGCCUGAUGGGGUGCCUGAGCUGGACGAGACUUUCUCUGUGGUUCUGAGUAGCCACAGCACUCCACCCAGUCGCUUAGGCAACCGCAGGGAGGUCAACAUCACAGUGCGGAGGAACGACGACCCCUUUGGGGUCAUUGAGUUCAUCCAAUCAGGACUGGUGGUGGCCAUCAAUGAGAGCAAAGGGGACGAGAUUCACCGAGCGGUGUACCCUGUGGUGAGGAACAGGGGUUACUUUGGAGAAGUGUCGGUGUCCUGGGUCUUGGAGCCAGCUUUGUCCGGAGACGUGAGCCCGAUCCAGGGAAACAUCACCUUCAUGGAGGGGGAGUACCUCAAACACCUCACUCUCUUCUCUGUUCCUGAUGAGAUCCCAGAGGACAUGGAGAACUUCACCAUCACAGUGUUAGAUGCUACUGGUGGUGCAAGACUGGGAAACAUACUCACUGCCACUUUACAGAUUCAUAAGAACGAUGACCCCAUUUACUUCUCUGAACCUGUGGUCGCGCGUGUUCGGGAAGGGGGCGUGGCCAACUUCACCGUUCUCAGGGCAGGGCGGGCGGACUUUGUUGCCACAGUGAUGUACCGUGUGGAGUACGGGGAUGCGUCUCCAGGUGACCUCACGGUGCUGAGUAAUGACACUCUGCUGGUGUAUGAUGUGGGGGAAUGGAUGAAGAACAUCUCUGUUGCCGUGGAAGAUGACGACAUCCCGGAGACUGACGAACCCUUUUACAUUGUUCUCUACAAUGCUACUGGUGAUGCAGUUGUGUAUGGAGCAGACACAGCUACUGUUGUGAUUGACGCCAAUGAUGACGCCAACGGGAUUUUCUCCCUGGAAGCCACGGAGAAACCUGUCGAAGAGGGCAAGACCAAUGACUUUAAUGUGCUUCGUGCAAGGGGACACUUUGGUAACGUUACAGUCUUCUGGCAGCUGUUUGCCAAUGACUCAGUGACUCCUCUGGAGGAAAACCAGGAGUUUACCAACACAUCUGGCUCCAUCACCUUCACCACAGGGGAAGAGACCAGGCCUAUAGUCCUGGAGGCCCUCUCUGAUAAGCUCCCAGAGUUCAAUGAGUUCUUCCUCCUCAGGCUCGUUAAUAUCUCAGGUGGUUACCCCGGUGAAGGUGGACAACUAGCUAAGACUUCCCUGAAUGCCUCGGUUCUCAUCCCUUUCAACGAUGACCCCUUCGGUGUAUUUGCCAUCUCUGACAGCAACCUGGACCAAGAAGUAGCCGAAGAUGUACUCUCAGUGGACGACAUGGCUGACGUCACUUCCUUCACCAUCCUCCGACAGCAGGGUACUUUUGGUGAUGUGCGGGUUGCCUGGGAGAUCGUUUCUGGCCGCUUCCCAGAGGGCCUUCCCCUGAUGGAUGACCUGCUCCUGCUAGCCUCCUUCCCAGACGAGGUAGAGCUACGGCCUCAUGCCAGGCGACACCACUCAGCCACAGACACGUGGUUUUUCUCUGGCCUUCCCGGAGCUUACGGGACCAUCUCCCCUGAAGACGGGCCUGCUGCUGUCGGGAAUUUCACCUUCUCUGCCUGGCUGGUGCCCGAACCAGACACUGACGGGUUCAUCGUCAGCAAAGGAAACGGCAAUGGGACCUUGUAUUACGGAGUUAAAGUCCACACCAAUGAGUCUCACGUCACGGUGAUGCUGUAUUACACAGUGAUCGGAUCAAAUACUCCCCAGGUGGCCCGGGCCAGUGCUGAGAAAUUUCUAGAGAGUAACGCCUGGUUACAUGUGAUCGUUACUGUCGAUGAUGGGAUUAUUGAGUUCUUCCUGGAUGGGGUUCCUAUUCCUGGAGGACUGAGGAGCAUCAAAGGAGAGGGCAUCACUGAUGGCCCCGCGUCAGUGUUCAUUGGGUCGGACCCUGAUGGAGAGCAGCGGUACACAGGCCUCCUGCAGGACGUCCGCCUUUACAGAACCAAACUGAACCGCAGCCACAUCCACGAGCUGCACACCCAGCCCGCCAAAACAGACCCGAACAUCUCCGGUUACCUGCGGUACCGGCAGGAGGAGAGGCAGAAGUCGUUUGUGGUGGAGGUCCGGGAUGAUGAAGAGGAGGAGGGAGAGGAGCUGUUCUACCUGCUGCUGGUGGCGGUUCAGGGUGGGGCGCGCCUUCCUCUCCCCAGACCUAUCGCUACUCUGCGGGUCAUGAAGAGUGACAAUGCCAACGGGCUGUUUGGAUUCACCGGUGCCUGCAUACCUGAUACCACUGAGGAGGGCUCCACUAUCUCCUGUGUGAUCGAGCGUAUGCGGGGAUCUCUGGACCGCGUUUAUGUCAACUACACCGUCACCCAACUGGACAGCUCGGACAGUGAGACGCCAGCCCAUCAAGACUUUGGAAACGCCACUGGAGCGGUGGUUUUCAUGCCAGGACAGCGCUCUGAGGUGCUGAACCUGUUGGUGCUGGAUGAUAACCUCCCAGAGCUGGCAGAGUCCUUUCAGGUCGCCCUGGUGUCAGCAGAGUCCGGUGAUGGGAAGAUGGGCUCCACCCCCACAAGUGGAGCCAGCAUCGACCCAAACAGCUCUGUGAACACUGUCACUGUGACAGCCAGUGACCACCCAUAUGGCCUGCUGCAGUUUCAGCCCAGCCCCCCAGGAGAGGGACUGAUCUCUCCAUUGUUUGAACCGGCCCACAUUACGGUCAGAGAGGAAGAUGGAGAAGUCAGUCUGCUGGUGGCCAGAGCUCAAGGCCUUCUGGGAAGGGUCAUGGUGGGAUACAGGACAACCCCCUUCACAGCAUCCAGCCCCGAGGACUACGAGGACUCAGACGGCGUGCUGGACUUUCUUCCAGGAGAGAGGUUAAAGUUCAUCACCGUGACCAUCGUAGACAAUCCUGUCCCUGAGCUGGACAAGAUCUUUAGAGUGGAGCUGUACAACGCUGAUGAAGGAGUGGGUCAGUUUCUGCAUAGUGAAGGAAGUGGUAGUGGGGAGAGUGACUCUGACUUCCUGCUUCCGUCCUAUCUCCACCGUGCCAACUUGGGAGCGGCGUCCCACAUCACGGUGACCAUCGCUGCUUCUGAUGACGCACAUGGAGUGUUUCAGUUUAGUCCUGACUCCCUGUCUGUGAACGGGACAGAGCCUGAGGACGGACGCAGCUCUGUGGUCCUGCAGGUGGAUCGGUCCUUUGGAGACCUCUCCAAUGUGACUGUGUACUGGGAGGCUGAUCCCAGCUCUGAGGGGGAGCUGCUCAGCAGGUCUGGAAACAUCACCUUUGGCAUAGGUCAGACGACGGAGGACAUCAUCAUCGACGUGGCCCAGGAUCAGACCCCUGAGCUGGACAAGAGUUUCAACGUGUCCUUGGUUAACGUCUCCCACGGUCGCCUGGGGGUCCAGACGUCUGCCACUCUGACCGUGCUAGCCAGCGAUGACCCGUACGGUGUUUUUGUUUUCGCCAAUGUAACAAGAUCGGUCCGAAUUCCUGAAGCUGACACAACUGUCCGUCUCACCAUCCUGCGACAGAGAGGUCUUAUGGGACAGGUGCGAGUUACGUAUGGGACUCUAAAAGAGACGGAUCCAGAACCUUACCGGACCCCCGGGAUUGGUCGAGCCACUGAGGGGCGGGAUUUUGUUCUCCUCCUGGAUUCCGUUGUGUUCUUACCCAAUCAGAGUGAAGCAAACAUAACCCUCCGAGUGCUGGAUGAUGAGGAUCCAGAACGAGACGAGUCCGUGUUUGUGAGGUUGAUCAGCGUUCAACUCAUCGAAGGAGAGCAGGAGAGGCUCAUUCCCAACUCCCCUUCUCUGGGAUCCAAGGCUGACAUCGUGGCCCAGGUGAUAGUGGAGGCCAGCGACGAUGCGUUUGGAGUCCUGCAGCUGUCGGCUUCUGCUGUCAGUGUGGCUGAGCACUACGUUGGGCCCAUAAUAAACGUCACACGAGUUGGGGGGAUUUUCGCUGACGUAUCAGUCAAGUUCCGAGCCGUGCCUUUGACCGCCAGAGUCAGUGAGGACUACAGCGUAGCCUCUACUGAUGUGGUCCUCCUAGAAGGGGAGUCCAGUAAAUCGGUCCCCAUCUAUGUCAUCAAUGACAUGGUUCCUGAGCUGGAGGAGACCUUUCUCAUCGAGCUGCUCAACCAGACCACCGGAGGGGCUCUGCUGGGGGAGCUCACACGUGCCAUCAUCACCAUACUGCCUUCUGACGACCCUUUUGGUGCCUUUGUGUUCCAAGCAGUUCCAGUGACCAUCGAGGAACCAGGGUCUAACUCCAUUGUGGUCACGUUGCCUAUAGUGCGUAACGCUGGUACUAUUGGAACAGUGGUAGUCCAAUGGCAGGCCACUGUCAAUGGUAAACUAGCAGUGGGGGACAUCAGACCCACAUCCGGAGAGGUGACCUUUGCUCCAGGAGAGACCAUGAAGACGCUCAGGGUGGAGGUGUUAGCGGACGAUGUACCGGAAAUCACUGAGAUAAUUAAGGUGAAGCUGACUGGUGCCAGUAACGGAGGAAGCCUUGGAGCCGAUACAACUGUUGACAUAAUAGUGCCUGAAAAUGACAACCCGUACGGGACGGUGUACUUCGCACAGUCUGGAUACCGCCUUCAGGAGCCGCUGGAGGGAGUUUAUAAUGCCAAUGUCACUGUCCGGAGGAGUGGUGGUCACUUUGGCCGCCUGGAGAUCGUGUACAGCACCUCUGCGAUCGACAUCGUUGGCUUGGCUCUGGCUGACGGUCAGGAUCUGCUCACGUACUAUGACGUCCCAAAACCUGGAGCUCCAUCCUCCGCCCCCCUCAGGACCGUUAACAUCACGGGUCAGACAGACCCGCUGGCAGCAUGUGCCGCCGCCUGUCUGAGAGAGGCUGCCUGCCAGGCCUUCUCUCUGUCUUCAGGGGGAACCCCGCCCUCCUGCACCUGGGUGACUUCAGGGUUUGACCUGCUGACCUCUAACCCUCAGGUUUUGACGUAUGUAAAAAACAUCACUGCAGCUGCGGUGCUGUUCAGUGCUCAGGCUGUGGCCGGGGGUGAUUACACCCCUGUGACCGCUCAAAGUGCCUUCAUGGAAGACGGGUUGGGGAUCGCCAACCUCACCGUCCCAAUCCUGACUGAUAAAUUCCCAGAAAUGGAUGAAAGCUUUCUCAUACAGAUCUUAAAGGUAGAGUUGAUCAAUCUGACCGUGGCUCAGAAGAACCUGCCCUCCAUUGGCCAGCCGGACCAGGCGGUGGUCACCAUAGGGAUGAAUGGAGAUGCGUUCGGCGUAUUUUUGAUAUACAGCCUCAGUCCCAACACCACCAACGAUGGGCUCUACUUAGAGGUCCGAGAAGAGCCUGGGGUUGUGGUGCCCCUGGUUAUCGAGAGGAGAGGAGGGAACCUGGGCACGGUCACCGUCGAGUGGAGGUUCGUGGGAGGAGAGGCCACACCAGAUGCUGACUUCACCGGGCCUGGAGGGACUCUGGUCUUUGACGGUGACGUGAAGAAGACAAUACAGAUAAUAAUCAGAGACGAUAUCGAGCCAGAGGACAACGAGAGCCUCCUGAUCGGUCUUGUGAAUACGGAAGGAGGAAGUCGCAUCCUGCCCAGCUCCGACACCGUAACCAUAGUGAUACUGGCUAACGAUAACGUGGCCGGGAUAGUGGGAUUUCAUCCAGCCUCGCGUUCUGUCAUCGCCAGAGAAGGUGAGAGGCUGUCCUUAUUGGUGUUGAGAACGGCUCCAGGUCUGGGUAACGUCACUGUGGACUGGACUGUACAAGGGCCUCGUGUGCAACGGACCUUCCCCCAGACCUCAGGGACACUUUUCUUUACACAGGCAGAACUAAAUAACACCAUAGCCCUGCAGCUUCUGGAUGACGCCACACCAGAGGACAAAGACGAAUACAAAGUGGUCUUGUCUAACAUCCAAACGUUCGGUGUUGUGGUGACAGGCCACGCAGCUCUGGAUGUUCAGGGCAGCGAGGCGGUGCUCACUGUGGACACAAGCGACGAGCCCUACGGUCUGCUGACCAUCGCCCCUUCAUCCCUGAGGGUGAUCACAGAGGAGCGGGACUGGACUAUAAACAUCUACGUCAACAGAGAGUUUGGAGCCUCAGGAGCUGUGAAUAUCAGCUAUGAAGUUCUCAGAGGUUCUCUACAGGACUUGUCCCAGGUUGAGGGUGCUCUCGCUGAGCCGGGACAGGACUUUGUCUCUGGUGCUGGUUCUGUAAUUCUUCAGGACGGACAGACUUCUGUCGCCAUCCCUGUCACCAUACUGGAGGACGACAUCCCUGAGCUGCAGGAGUUCUUCCUGGUGAACAUAACCUCAGCAGUACUCAUCACCACUCUAGCUACUGUUCCCCAACUAGACACUCAGGGUUUGAUAGCAGAGGUUAGCAUCGCUGCUAAUGAUGGAAUUAGAGGAAUCAUUGAAUGGACAAACACCAUGUUUCAAGUGAAUGAAACGAUAGGAGUAGUGACCCUUGUGGCCUUCAGGAACAAGGGGACGUAUGGGAAUGUCUCGCUCUUCUUUUAUGCUCAGAACCUGGAAGCUCAACAGGGAUUGGACUACAACACCAGUGAAACGAUGCUCCACUUUGUCGACGGUGAAAGGCACAAGUUUGUAGAAGUGCAGAUCAUUGACGACGCCGUCCCGGAGGGAGCCGAGAGAUUCCAGCUCAUCCUGUCGCAGCCCUCCCCCGGGCUGGAGCUGGGCACCAACACCACAGCCACCGUGAAUAUCCUGGCCAGUGACGACGGACACGGUGUCCUUUCCUUCAACACCAGCGAGCACUUCCUGUUGAAGGAGCCCACGUCUGUGUCCGGGCUGAGUGAGAGCGUGGCCACCCUGUACGUGAUCAGGAACCCAGCGGAGGGCACGUUUGGCACCGUGACGGUUCAGUUCACCAUCACCGACGCCAACGGCAGCCUGGCAGAGGGAGACCUGAUGCCAGCACAGGGGUUUGUGGUGCUGGAGGAUGGAGUCAGGUUUAAGAUGCUGGAGAUCUGGGCACUACUGGACGCUGAGCCUGAAGCAAAUGAAACCUUCACAGUGACUCUGUCCAGCCCAACAGGAGGGGCUCGGAUGGGGGAAAAACUCCAAAUACUCAUCACCGUCCUGGAGAACUUGGCUCCUUCUGGCCUAUUUCGCAUCGGACCAACUAUCAACAGAACGAACACAGAAGUAGUGGCUGAAGAAGGUGGCAGGGCAGUCUUCCUCACUGUGUCUCGCAGUAAUGGUCUGGAGUCAGCCGUCAGUGUGGAAUGGGAGACGCAGUCCGACACAGCUACUGGCUCUGAGGGUCUCCUCCCAGUGAUGGGUGUGUACCAGAGCUUUGAUGAUUACCCCACCUCCUCUUGGUGCUCUCUGCCUGAAGGGCCGUCCUUCCUGGCCAUGAGGCUGGACAGGAGGCCCAGUGGUGGAUCCUCCUACUCCUUAGCCACUCUCUACCGAUGGCAGGGGGUUUUUGUGCCAGUGGAGUCUGUUAGGAUCCAGGACCCGAGCUCUUGUGUGGGGUUUGCAGUGAAUGGCUCCUCCUACAUAGGUAUUACACACAGUGGCCCUCCCUUCUCCCCUGCUGCCAACCUCAGCAUCUUCAGGCUGCAGAUGGACCUUAAUAUCACACUGGAACAAACGUUAGGAGUUGAAGCUCUGGAUGUGAAACACUUCUCCUCUGAGGGCAGAGAGUAUCUGAUCGCAUCAAGCCAGAUUUUCAUUUGGACCGGAGGCUCCUUCACCCUCUUCCAGACUCUGGACUUCAAGGAGAGCAUCCUCAGUGUAACUCCCUUCACCCGAGCAGCUGUUGCCCACCUCUUAGUGUGCUUAGACAGACAAACGGACGCCUGUCUGCUGCUUCCAUGGACCAACGGAAGAUUUCAGGAUCCACAGCCUCUUCAGAUCCCCGGCAGAGUCAUCCAGGUGGAGACGAUCAACACAAGAGCAGAGGACACGCUCCUGAUGGUGGCUACUGAAGGUUCCUUUCCAUCCUGUGAGGUGUUACAGUGGAGCUCAGGGCAGCCUUCACCACAGCUUUAUCAGUCCAUUCCUCACCCAGGCCUCACCUCCAUUCACCCCUUCACUGCUUCGACUGGGACCACUUAUGUCCUGCUGGCUGGAAGAAAUGGCUCAUCGCUCUACUCCUGGAGGUCUGAUGUCAACCUGUUCGCCAUGAUCCUGAGGGCGCCUCCAGCCGACAGCUUCCUCUCUCUCAUGGUCCCGUCCCUCAACACCACCAAGACCAUGCUGGCUUCUUCUGAGGAGAACAGCUCCACUGUUUAUGAAUUCACUUCUGUCUCAAAUCAGUCUGAUUUCAUACCCAGUUUUGGGGAGUUGUACUUUGCCCCAGGGGACAGCGAGCUGGAGAUUGCAGUGAACGUCGUGGAUGAUGACAUCCCUGAGGAGCAGGAGUACUUCCAGGUCAGCCUGAAGAAUCCAAAGGGCGGGGCGGAGAUUGGGUUUGGAGGUCAGGUGACCGUCAUCGUCCCAACCAACGACGAUGCACAUGGAGUCAUCGGCUUUUCUCAGAAUUCUCUGUCUGUGGAGGUGGAGGAGCUGGAGCAAAAUAAUCAGAUUUCUCUGAGCGUGGAGAGGAAGAGAGGGGCGUUUGGUAGACUGACCGUUCACUGGGCGGCCAGCGGAAGUCUGGCGGACAUUUACCCGACUUCAGGAGUGGUGACGUUUUCUGAUGGCCAGUCGGUGGCCAUCAUCGCGUUGACCGUGAUAGCAGACGGUGUUCCUGAGCUGACGGAGAGCGUCACCAUCACCCUGAUGGACGUCACCACUGUGGGGCUGCAGGACCUGCGUCAGGCCGCCACCAUCGACCAGCAGCGAGCGCGAGCUCUGCUCACCAUCCUGCCAAACGGCUCUCCCUAUGGGGUGAUCGGAUGGCAUCUGGACUCCCAGUUUGCUCUGACACAAGAACCAGAGAGGGUUCCAGUCAAUGUGACUCUCUCUAUAGUGAGGGAGCAGGGCUCUUCAGGCGAGGUGGAGAUCCACUACCAGACCAGGCCGGCGCUGUACCAGCCCCCCUCCAACCAGGCCACUGCAAGAGAGGACUACACCCCCAGAGACAACACCAUCAUCAUGAUCAAUGGGGCUACAGUGGCCCUGGUCACUGUCACAAUCCUACCGGAUGACAUCCCAGAGCUGGCAGAGAGUUUCCUGGUAAACAUCACCUCCGUGGAGCUCAUAGGAGGCUCAGUCGGAGCCGGGCAGCCCACUGUGAAGAGGCCGGGUCUGGAAGUAGCAGAGGUCACCAUCCAGGAGAACGAUGACCCCCGAGGGAUCCUGCAGUUCAAUGUGUCUGAGGAUAUAGCUGGAAGCGUGCUGGCCUAUGAAAUUCCUCCACCAGACAACAUCCUCCAUCUCUCAGUGGUGCGUCUCGCUGGAACAACUGGGAGACUGGUGGUGUACUGGGAGGCUCAGCCAAUCACUGCUGACCUGAGCGAUUUCAGCCCCACAUCUGGGAACAUCACCUUCCAAGACGGACAGAGAGAAGCCACAAUUGCCAUCACCGUCGUUGAUGACGAACUUGUGGAGACUCUGGAAACCUUCAGAGUGAAUUUGCUGCGUGUGAUUGGUGGAGCCCGACUGGGAAAAGCGACCUCUGUAACCGUCAGCAUCCCACCCAACGACUCGCCUCUUGGACGAUUCGGAUUUCAGGAAGUGGAGGUCACUGUCAGUGAGCCAGAGUUUGUGGAUGAUCCUUCUGCCGUUGCGACACUCACCGUGCUGCGCAGUGCGGGAGGCGAGGGCUCGGUGACUCUGAGGUGGCAGCUUGAAGACGAAGCUUCAGGAGACCUCUCACCCUUUAAUGGAACUCUAGUCUUCUCUGAGAGCGAGUCUAUGAAGACGUUUGUGAUCAGAGCCCUCGCUGACACCACCCUGGAAGGAGAUGAGCACUUCACUGUCGGCCUGUUUCCUGCUGGCAGUGGUGCCGUCAUAGACCCCUUAAACGGCGAUGCCACCAUCACUAUCAGGGCGGACAAAGCUGCGCUUGGGAUUAUUGGGAUAGAAGAGGCCUCCAGGAACAUCCUCAUUGGAGAACCUCAGGGAGACUACAAUGGCAGUGCAGUGGUCAGCCUGGUGCGAGGGCCAGGUGUGUUUGGAGAGGUGCUGGUGUACUGGAACAUCACUCCAGCUGCGGUGUCUGAGUUUGAAGCGAUCUCUGGCACCGUGACUAUGAGAGACAGACAGUCUGCUACCACCAUCAUCCUGAAGGCCCUGGAUGAUGAACUCCCUGAAGAGCGCCGUGAGUUCCAGCUCAUUCUGACCUCCGCCACCUCGGGACUGGAGAUCAGUCCCAUAGCAAAGCAUGCCAAGAUUAUAAUGGCAGCCAGCGACAACCCCUAUGGCCUGUUCUCCUUCACCCAGCACAAAAUCAUGGCGUCGGAAGAGGAGGGAAUGGUGAAUGUAACAGUUACUCGCUCUUUAGGCAGUGUGGGCAGUGUGUGGGUGAGCUAUCAGACCUCAGCAGACACAGCGCUCAGUGGAGUGGACUUCGCUCCGGCUUCAGGACGACUCCUCUUCACCCCAGGACAAAUCUCCCAGCAGCUCACACUGCAGAUCCAGGACGAUGAUCUUCCAGAGGACCAUGAGACAUUCCAGCUCAACAUCACCGACGUGGAGCUGGUCAAUGUCAGUGGUGUGGACUACACAGUGAGGGAGUCCGGUCUCCAGCUGGAUCAGCCUCCAGCUGUAGGCAACAUCUCUUCUCUCUCUGUGGUCAUCCUGAAGAACGACAACGCUGAGGGGGUCCUCGAGAUCAGGCAGGACUUCGUCAACGUCACAGUUGAGGAGGAUGUGGGCUCUGUGAUGAUCCCGGUGGUGAGGAGAGUGGGCUCUUAUGGACUGGUCUCAGCUCAGUUCACUUCGAGAGGCCUGAGCGCGACGCCUGGCCUCGACUUCAUCCUGAACAACGGCUCAGUGACAUUCCUCAACGGACAGAACAUCAGCUACAUCAAUGUCACUAUUAUAGACGACCUGGACAGUGAAUCUGCAGAGGUUUUUGAGGUCCUGCUGGUUGGAGCUACGGGAGGAGCAGUGCUCGGCUCUCAGCAGGUUGCCAGGGUAACCAUCUCCAAAAGUGACUCUCUCAGCGGGGUGAUCCGCUUCCUGAACGAGAGCCUGAUCACCGUGGGGAACCCGAACUCCACUCUCAAACUCACUCUGGUUGUGGAGCGGGCAGGAGGCCUAGUGGGCAAUGCAACGGUUGCUUGGAUCAUCCGAGGGCCUAACAGCAGAGAGGUCCUCCCUCCAUUCAACACAGACAUUAGAGAGCCUGUGAGCGGCUCCUUCUUCUUCAGUGAUGGACAGGAGGGUACACAGGCCAUAGAGCUGAGGAUCCUCCCUCACGGGGAAGUGGAGGUGGAGGAGACGUUCGUUAUAGAGCUCAGCGUUCUGUCUGGAGAGCUGGAUGUCGAUCCUCAGGCUGGUUCCAUCACGCUCAAGAUAGAGAAGUUUGGAGACCCGAAUGGAAUUGUCCAGUUUACUGAGGAUGCUCUCCGGGAGCGCCUCUACAACGAGUCCACCGAAGCAGAGGGUCCGUUAGUCAUUACCCUGCUCAUCACACGCAGAGAGGGAGUCAUGGGUAACAUCACGGUGCAUUGGCAGAUCCAGAGCGACUCAGAUUCAGCGGGGGACUUCCUCGUCUUAUCCGGCUCUGUGAUGAUCCCAGAGGGCCAAAGGGAGGCGGAGAUUGUCCUCAGCCUGUUGCCGGACACAGUGCCGGAGCUGGAGGAGCUCUACACCGUCCAGCUGACUGCUGUGGAGGGUGGGGCUACUCUGGAUGCAAACCCAAACCUCACCAGGACACGCAUCAGGGUGCGUGCUAACGAUGAGCCCUACGGUGUGUUUGCCCUGAACCCAGAGGAAGUGUCCAUAAUGAUUUCAGUGUCAGACUCUGAGGUGAGCAGAGCUCUGGUGAUGAAUGUCACCCGGCAUCAGGGGCUGUUUGGAAACACGAGUGUGGGCUAUAGGGUCAGUGGAGGGAUCAAUGCAGUGAUGGACAUCCAGGAGAUCCUGGGAGGACAGGCUGAAGGGAGGCUGUCCUUCAGAGAGGGACAGCGCUUCAGUACCAUCACUCUGCCCAUCAGCAACCAGGUGUUUUUGACAGUGGGUGACAGCUUCACUGCAGAGCUGACUGAUGUGAGGCUAGUUGGUCCUCUCCUCGCACCUCCACCUCGCCUCCUUCAUGAGGCUAGUGUCGCUACGAUGACUGUCCCCGAAGAAGCUGCCAGCUCAGAGGUUGGUUUCGCCUCCUUGGCUCUGCAGGUUUCAAAUAUAGAAAUGGGGACGUGUGAAGCAAAGGUGAUUAGAACUGGUCUGUUUGGGGACGUCAGGGUGGAGUGGACAGCUGGGUAUCCUGCAGGACAGACUCCACCCGGGCUCAGAGUGGGAGCAAUUACGCCAAGCUCAGGCUCAGUGACCCUGGCCCAUGGAGAGAAGACUAAGUCCAUUUCUCUGACAGCUGUUGAUGAUGCAUCUGAACCAUCUUCCUACACUGUUCACCUCACUGCUGCCUCCAGCCCCGCUGCAGGGAGUCCUGUCAGGCUCAGGUCAGGGUUUACUGUCGCUGAAGUGGAGCCGCUGGGAAUCUACCAGUUUGCUCCUGAUUCCCGGCAGCUGGUGAUCGCAGAGGACAUCCAGACCAUAACGCUCUACGUUCAGAGGCUGUACGGCUCUCGCAGCAACAGCACCGGCCUCUCCUACACCACAGUACCAGGCAGCGCCGCAGCCGGAGAGGACUUCAUCGCAGUGCCAGACGGACGCUUGGUCUUUGACUCCCCUCGCCAAACCAACACCUCCUUCAGCCUCUCCAUUCUGGACGACUCCCUGUCCGAGGCCGACGAGCACUUCCAAGUUAAUUUAACAGACGUUCAAGUCUUGAAUCCAGACGUAGCUUUGGCGGAUUCCGCUCCACGCCUCAACCCUCAGCACAGUGUGGCCUCCGUCACCAUCCUAGCCAGCGAUGUGACGGGAGGAGUGCUGAGCAUCGGACCCGGGCUGGUGCAGACUCCUGAGGACCGGGACGAGGAGACGCAGCGGGAGAGGAGGGUGGUGCUGAGGGUGCGUAGGUCCGACAGCAUGGCCCAGGAUGUGAGGGUCCGAGUCCAGGCAUAUGGAGAUGGGAGUACCACACCUCUCCCCUUCACCGUUGACCCAGCUGGGACCCUGGCAAAGGAGGAGCAGGACUUCCGCCUAGAGUCCAGCAUGGUGUCUCUUCAGGCCGGUCAGAAUGAGACAGAAGUGGUCCUCCUCAUUCUGGACGACUCGGAGCCCGAGGGACAGGAAGUGUUCUACAUUUACCUCAGUGACCCGGAGGGGGGAGCGCAAAUCACAGACAGUCCUCACCAGGGCUUCGGUGCUUAUGCCAAGAUCACUAUCCUCGGGAGUGACUUCCAUAACGGUAUCUUAGGGUUCAGUCUUGAUUCUCUGAUGGGCCAAGUCCUGGAGGAGGAUUCAGAGAACAGAACUGCCCUCCUCUAUCUGCAGAGACAGGAAAACAGAGCCUUUGAGGAUCUGCAAGUCUUCUGGAGAGUCACCUUCACCAAAGCAGCUUUAAGUCUGGUCAACAAUGGAGUGAACCUGAGCAGAGAGCUGGUGCAGACCUCAGGAGCAGCGCUGUGUCGGAGAGGAGAGACACUCUGCGCUCUGGCUCUGGAGGUCCAUGAUGAUGAGGAGCCGGAGCUGCAGACCUGGUUCCUGGUGGAGAUUUAUCAGGUGGGGGCUGGAGCUACCAUCAAUGAGACCACCCGCUUCGCCAACAUCACCCUGGUGGAGAGCGACGACCCCCGAGGCGUCAUGUUCUUCUCUGUGGGUCACAGACUGCCCAUCGCCACCCUGACCACCACCAGGCUCAGUCUGCAGGUCCAGCGACGAGCCAGCACCGCCUCCGCCAUGACCGUGCAAUACCGAACACUGGAACUGCCCAGAGAGGAGGCUGUGGGCCCCUCUGUAAUCCGUCCUGCUAAGGCUGGGAUGGACUUCCCUCAGCAGCAGGGUCUGCUCACCUUCGCUGUGGGCCAGCGUAACACAUCACUGGAGAUCUACCUCACACCCGACUUCGCUUCCUCCCCACCCACACCCAAACGCUUCCAGGUGGAGCUCUACAACGCUUCAGGUGGAGCCAGAGUGCACCCUGAGUUCGGGCUGGCUAACGUGACUCUGGUGUCGAAUUCAGCCAGUGAAGCUGUAUGGCUCCUACUGGAACCAUUACACCAGCCCCUCGACUCCGUUAUAUUGAACCAGGUGCUGCAGGAACUGAUCAAUAAGGUCUCAACGCCUCUGUCUCGGGAGCAGAUGGUCGCUGUGCUCGAAGCUCUGGAGAAGGUGCUUGCCGAGGCUAACAGGACUCCUCUCCAGGUGACUAGCCGCAACCUGACCUACGACCUGCUCUGUGCGUUGGCCAACCCCAGCAGAGAUGACACCCGAGGCCUCAGCCACCUUGCUGAGGUUGCCGAGCGAUUCGCUUUCUCCCUCCUCACGCAGAGUCAAUGUGAGAUAAGGGGCACCAUCCUGGAAACAUGUCCCCAUAUGACCAUCUCUGCUUUCCAGUGGUACCCCACCCAGAUCAACGGACACAGAUUCCGGGGCCGUAAUGCAGACUUCUUCCAGCUUCCUGACACCCUGCUGGCUGUACCCGCAGCCUUGACAGCUGACUGUGGAAACCUCAGCCGGAUCCAGCUGACCGAGUUCAGAACCGAACACUGGUUCCUCAGGAAUGACACAAUCCCUGCUCUCAGUGGGAAGGUUUUCUCAGCCAGCCUGCAGGACAGAAGGUCCCGACCUCUGGAAGACGGCAAAGAGGUGGUGUAUCGUAUCCACACCCCCGGUCAACAAGUCAAACCAGGCCGGUCUGUGUGCCUGCUCUGGAACCAGACCACCGCAAGCUGGUCGUCAGAUGGUCAGUACUGCAGGGUUGUGAAGGAGAGUGGGAACUAUGUGGAGUGUGCCUGCUCCCACUUGUCCAUCUACAGCGCCUAUGCAGAGUUUGCCACGCUUGCUUCCUACAACGAGGCCUUCUACGCCUCGGGAUUCAUCUGCAUCUCGGGCUUUGCGUUGGCCAUCAUAUCCCACAUUCUGUGCUCCCGUUUCCCCAUGUUUGCUGCCAAACUGCUCACUCACAUGAUGCUCAGCUGCCUCGGGACCCAGAUCUGUUUCCUGGUGUCAGCUUUCCGUGGCCGGAUGUUUUCCGAGGACAGCUGUGCUGCUCUGGCGCUCUUCUCUCACUAUUUCCACCUCAGUCAGUUCUUUUGGAUGCUCAUACAGGCGGUAAACUUCUGGCAGGUUCUGGUGAUGAAUGACGAGCACACGGAGCGCAGACACCUGCUCUACUUCCUGCUGGGCUGGGGACUUCCUGCCAUGGUCAUCAUCAUCCUGGUCAUCGUCCUGCUCGGCGGCUUCGGAUGGACGAUACACAGCGUGUACGGACUGGUGCAAGGAGAUGUGUGCUUCAUCCCAAACAUCUAUGCAGCGCUGUGCACGGCGGUGCUUGUUCCUCUCAUCUGUCUGGUGGCAGUCAUGGUGGUGUUCAUCCACGUCUACCAGGUCACCCCGCAGUGGAAGGCCUACGACGACAUGUACCGCGGACGGACCAACAGCACAGAGGUGCCGCUGGUCCUCUACCUGUUCCUGCUCAUCUCCCUGGUGUGGCUCUGGGCGGGACUUCACAUGAGCUACAGGUCCCUGUGGAUGCUCAUCCUCUACGUCAUCUUCAACUGCCUGCUGGGCCUGUAUGUGUUUGCCGUGUACUUCGUCAUGCACAACCAGCUGUGUUGGCCGACGAAGGCCAGUUACACGGUGGAGAUGAGCGGCCACAACGGUCCCGACGCCACCUACCAGGGAGGAGGGCCGACCACUGUGGGGGGCGACAUCAACAAGUCAACACAAAACCUCAUCAGCGCCAUGGAGGAGGUGUCGGCGGACUGGGAGCGCUCGUCGCUGCGGCCCGGCAGUCAGCCCAGCAGUGUGUUCAAACCCAGUCCAGUGAUUGGGACGUACUCCACCGAGGGAGGCUUCAUCAACACCAACCUCGUCACCGAAGACGAGGAGUCGCAGGAGUUUGACGACCUUAUAUUUGCCUUAAAAACCGGGACCGGCCUUAAUGUGAGCGACAACGACUCCAUCCCUGGGAGCCACGACGGAGGGAGCAUAUCAAACUCCCAGAUAGUGGAGCUGAGACGAAUCCCCAUCGCAGACACACACCUCUAACCUGCUCACCUCACACAUACACACACACACACACACCCCAUGUCUUCAUACAAGAGAGAAAUUACACCACAGUAUUUUUAUAUUUUAAAAUUCUUUUGCACUAAAACUUGAAUAGAACAUUUUCAUAUAGACGUUUGAUACCAUAUGUGAUUUUUACUGUACAUCUGUUUUUUUAUAUAUAUAUAUGAAGCUAUACAUGAACAAAAUGAAUUUUUUUAUGGUUUUCUGAAUGUAUAUUUGGAUUUUCUUUUCUGUCGAGACAUAGCGAAUGAGAUAUAGCCAGAUGUGGCCUCUGCAGAACAGCUGCUGCUGGGGAGGGAAACUGUGUAACAUUGUUAAUAAAUGAUUUACCAUAUAUUUUA